AUGCCAGACACUCUCACGCUUCUUUCGCUCCCGCCGGAACUCAUCGCGGUCGUCCUGAGCUUCACCGACUUCCCCACCCUCUCCCGUUCAGUUCAGACCUGUUCGACCGUCCACGACGUUUGGAAGGGCUACCAGAACCAUCUCUGCCGCCUGAUCUGCAUCAGAACCGGUCUCGCCGACGCCCAAACGGCCGGAGCCAGCGCUUCGCUGCACAAGGACCCGCAUUGGACGGAGAAGGGUCUUUCGGAGGAGCUGGAUCCUGCGGAGUUGCAGACGGUCGUCCAAUCGCAGGGAUGGAUGGGCCAGCAUGACGAGCUUACGAGCUGGAAGGAGUACGCCCGUUACCGCUUCGCCAUCCACCGCAAUUGGCUUGCAGGGCGCACGCACACCCGUGUACUCAAGCCCGAGAUACCACAACGCGGAGCUCGCUUUUGGCGCUUCAAGCUCGACUCGAAGCCUGGCUUCAUCGUCGUAUCCGGCUUGACGGGCGGCACGUUCGCUUUCAAGGGCGAUGGAGCGCUCGCAUGGUCGAUUAGCCUCCCGCGCACACCCUACCCGCACGUGGAGCUCAGCGACGGCUACCUCCCGAUUAACUGGUUCGAGGACAACUACCUCUUCCUCCGCCGCGACGACAUCAAGCCUGCGAACCCCGUUCCGACGUCGAUGGCAGUCACUCCACCAGAUCUCGCCGCGAUGGUCACACACGCACCGACUGAGCCUGGAUACCAACUGGACGGCUUUGGGCGCUUCCCAGCCUGUCGCGCCACGAAGUUGCGCUAUCCGACCUUCAUCGGUUCCAGCCGGUCCGCCAACGUCGUCUACUACUACGACAUUCCCAGUCGUACGCCAUCUUUUCUGCGGCUACCGAGCUUCGUCUCGGAUGACGAUGCGGACGGUCUGGACGAGGAAGCGGUGCGCUACGUUGAGCUUGACGACGGUCUGCUAUUCGUCGCCGGCGUGUGCUCAAUCACGAUCUGGCGGCUCCCCGAGGUCGUCCCACCGAAGGAAGUCAUCACCCUCCCUCGCUCGGCCUGCAUCGUCUGGCCGCCAGAACCUCCGCAGGACCAGGCCGCGUUGGCGAGUCUUUUCCCUCAGUGGCAUUACCGCGGCGGACGCGUCGACUGGACGGCUGUUCACCACGACGGGCGAAGUCGGCAUCUCGUCGCGACAUCCGACGACAGCGGAUACUCAGCACUCGGCCGGGUGCUCUGGACGACAGACUACCGCCGCGUCCUCUUCUCCGGUGACGAGGACCUGGUCGAACAGAAAACAGUUGUCCUCGUUGCGGACGAAACUCCGGUCAUCCAGCUCGCCGUGGAGAACGACCGCGCCGUCUUCAUCACCAGUCACCACAGCUUGGGCACGGCGCUGUGGCUCCUCAACUUGCGCGACUUUGACGACCUCGCCGACUUCUCGCGGAAUCCGCCAAAGCCGAUCUGCCUCGCCUGGCCUUUGCCGACAAUCUCCGAGCCGAGUCGAGUCGAGAUGACCUCGAACGAGAUCUACGUCCCGAUUCUCGCCCGCUUCCUCUCGCCCGACGCGUCUGCUCAAUACAGGCAAAUCUACGACGCGUAUCAGCGGUGCCGCGACACACUCUCGCCUGGCAAGAUGCCGAUUGCGUGGCGCUGGCAGAAACUCGACGGUCAAACGCUCGUCGAUUACAGCGCCGACGUGGCCGACGAGUCGGCUUUGCAGGAAGCGUGGGACGAGGUCAUAAAGUUGGCGAUGGAGCCGGGAGAUCAAGCCGGUGGAGCGGACGCUUUCCUCGUAUUCUCCUUCAGCGACGCAGCGGCGUAG